ACAUGCUACAGAAAAAUGAGUGGUGGAAGUCAUCAACUUAAAGUUGACGGAAUGCUGAUCGAUGACACAAGCCAUACAGAGGACGUCCUUCUCUCCUGCUACAAUCCUUCAGUUGUCGGCUAUCACUACUUUGCUGUAUUGUGGGGAUGUGCUGUGACCAUCAUAGGUGACAGAAUGAUGAUGAACCACACCAACCAAACAGAGGACGUCCUCCUCUCCUGCUACAGUCCUUCAGUUGUCGGCUACCGCUACUUUGCUGUGCUGUGCGGAUGUGCUGUGACCAUCAUAGGUACGGUGGGGAACCUGAUGACCAUUCUAGCCUUCGCCAUAGAUCCUCAUCUGAGGACGCGUUUCAACGUGCUCAUCGUCAACCUGGCUCUAGCUGAUCUCCUGUAUUGCACCAUACUGCAGCCCAUCUCAACUGACUCCCAUCUGCACCUCAGAUGGCGCACUGGUCAGCUGUGCUGCAGAAUCUUCGGCCUGCUCCUCCUUCUCUCCAACUCUGUCUCCAUUAUCACCCUCUCUCUGAUAGCAGGCAGCAGAUACCUCAUGGUCAUCAAGAGGGCUGUGUUUGACCGUGUCUUCUCUGACCUUGGUCUUUCUUUACUCAUCAUCUCAGCAUGGACACUGGGCCUGGCCAGCUUUGGCCCACUAUGGUAUGGUUACGUGUUUGUGCCGAAGUUGUGUGUAUGCACCAUCACCCGGACAACGUACCAUCCCUACACCAUCAUCCUGCUCUUGUUCUACUUUUUUUUCGGUCUUGGAUGUGUUGGUAUAUUCUACCUCCUCAUCUACAGACGUGUUCAAAUUGCAUCGCAAGCUCUACUCCACCAUAGGUUCAGCCGCCGAUCCUCCAGGAAGAAACCAGCUUCUUCAGCACAAGACACCAAUGACAGUGGAGUGGAGAGCAGUGUGGUCAACACAUGUAGCUGUGAGAUGAGCAGCCAUGAAGAACGAGCCCCAACUAUAGAUGAGAUCAAUUGUGAAAGGUCCUCUCAGUCUGCUACAUCCAAAUCAACAACCACGUCUCCCCCUCACAUUGUUACUACAUCACCUUCGCCCACACAUGGUCCAACAAAUGCAGCGUCCUCGUCCCACUGCACAGCCUCAGGAAAUGAUAAGGAAAUGAAACAUGUAACAUGCAUGUGUUUAGCUGUUUUCCUGGGUUUUGUGUUCUGCUUUGUCCCCUUCCUGUUAAUCAACAUAGCCGACAAACAUAACCGUGCCCCACAGGUUUUGUACAUGAUUUUUAGAAACCUCAGCUGGCUCAACAGCUGUAUCAACCCUGUGCUCUAUGCUGUCAUGAACAGACAGUUUCGACAGGCCUACCAUGUGCUGCUCACCAGGGCUGCAGCACCGUUCACCUGCCUGUGGACCUGGUGGUCGUCUCUUUGAGGGCCUGACCUUCACAAAUUUAAAGAGACACCUCACCAAAGAACUUUUUCUUUCUUUUAGCUGUAGUACAGGUCCUCAGUCUAGAUUGUUUUGGUGUGAGAUGAUGAUGAUGAUCCAACACAAUGUAACAAAAUCAAACAGCACUGUCUCUUUCCAGAAACUAUGAGCGGGUUGCUCAAGAAACCUAUGGACCUUGUAGUGAGUAGUUUCAAGUAGUAAUUAUCUGAGUAAUAUUUCUAAUUAUUGAAGAAUUGAUGCCUCAUCAACCAUGCCUCUGCCUUGACAACUACUUUCAUAACUAUUCACUUGAGGUGAGUGAGAAAGACUGAAUGCAGACUGGCCCCCUGGCUGUAUUUUGCUUAUGUAAAUCCCAGGCUGGGUGCUGAUGUUAGCUUGCUAGUUUUUCCUGCAUGCGUUCUUCUACGUGGUGAUAUUGUUGCUGGGUGGAGUUUGGUAGAAAGAAAAUAGAUAAUACAUCAUACAGCACAGCAACAAGGUCUGUAGGUAAUCUUGUCUAACUGGAUCAUGAUAUCAGGAAAGAGGAAUUGCCGAUGAGUUUCUAAAAUCUAUGCUUUGGGACUUGGAGCGCCACAAGCAAAGUGCCAUCUAGUUCUGUUAUUUUUGAGAGGGGGCAGACAUCUUAAAAACUCUGCAACUCACACCAAAACAAUCUAGAUGGAUAAAUAGCACUAGAGGUGAGAAGAAAUUAAUAAUUUGGAUGUUUUGGAUGCGCUGCCAUAUUACAGUGAUGUAUCUGUUUAAUUAGACCCCCAUAUGAUGUUCAAAUGAAAUGUUAUCCAACUUGCAUUCAGCCAUUGCUAACUGUUUCUUUGUUCAUCUCAGUCAGGGGUGUCAAACACAUGGCCCAUGGACCAGAACAAGCAUGCUUGAGGGUUAAAUGAUGUGAUGAAUUUGCAAAGUGACAGAUGAGACACUAACUGCAAUUGUUCAGUAAAAGCAACUGCUAUUUCAAAUUCUUCCACUGGGGGUCGCACACAACACUGUGAAGCAAGCAAACUGUUCAUGCUGGAGCUGCCAGUAAAAUCUGUCUGGAGCUGGGGCCUGUCAGAAUCUACUUGUACUUUUUUGCACUAAAACAAAAGGAACAUUUUGAAUUUGAGUAGGUGAAGAGGUGCAAGUGACACAGUAACAUGGCCCAAAUAACAGCCAUGGUUAUACUGUACUAUAAAAUAAGCAUGGUAAGUAGAUAGUAGUCAGUAUAAAAUAACCACAGGUAGUAAAUAGUGACUAAUGGUAACUGAUAAUAACUGUUAUAUUGAUAAAAGUAAGAAAUGAAAGAUAAUAAAUGUGAAAGAGUUGCUGAAAGGUGCAUCUAUCGAUUAAAGCAGCUGGAGUGUGAUGACGUUGAGAAAUACACAACACUUUUAUUGUUCUUAAAAAAUGCAGUGCCAAGAGUGAUCAGAUAUAAUGGGAUAUAUCAAGGAGGGGACUGAGUUGUCAAAAAGCCAGAGGGCCAGAGUUUGUAAGAGCCAGUGACAGACACAGGGAAAGCACCUAUUUAAAAAAACAAAGUGAGGUGAAGAGCAACUGGUCGAUGUGCAGUUCUGCAGGCACAGAAGGUAGAACAGGGAUUUUCCAUAGAAAAAUAGCAGUGUCAGCAGAAAUAAUGAGUCGGGAUUGGUUGAGGCCAUGACGCCCGAUAAGACACUCACAGUUUUCUGUGUUUAAAAGAUGAUGCUCAAUGCAGUGAACCUUAGGUCAGUUUGUUUUUUUCAAGGAUUUUGUCUGUGACUGAUCUCGUUCUUUUUUGCUGGCAAAUAAA